UCUUCUUCAGAGAAAGUACUUCCUGUCAGUCAUUUUCUCCAUAACCUCAGAUAAGCCUCCACUGAUUUAAGGGCAAUAAGCAUUAUCAUCUUACAAUAACAUGAUGUUUGGGGGGAAAAUUCUAAUACUUUCACAUAAAAGAAGUUUCAAAAUCACAGGCUAUGAAAAGUGGGGAGAGUGUAUAUUUACCAUAGGGACUUUUACCGUGAAUUUCCUGACCCUGGCUUGAUUGAAAUCUCAACUUAAAGACUGCAACAAUAUAGAUUUCUUUAAAGUUGAAUUGUUCAUUUCACUCAGCUUUGAAUGAGAAAAACCUCAAGGUGAGGCACAAGGGGAGAUACAGCGGAAGGAGAACUUAAGGAUGGAGCUGCUUUGCAGAUCAGAGCUUUUGAAAGAAACAGUCAAUUUCGUAAGAAGCGAAACCACGGAACAGAGUAUCACAUUGUCUUUCUGUUCACUUUGUUUCACAAAAUCAUUCGGGCUCAUCUUAACUGUCCUCUCCCACCUCCUAGCUCUUCUGUUUCUCAGACGCCGCUGGGGCACACAAAAUGAGGACAUCACUACGCAAGCUUGGAACUGGGAAGUUGCUUUGGGUCCUCUUCCUAAUCCCUUAUCUGGGCAUCUGGAGUAUCCACGGAGAAAAAUCCUGUAAUGAACAACUUUACAUUAAGAGAGGUUCCAUAUACUUUGUCUCACCGGGGGACCCAUUUAAACUGGAGUGUCCUGUGACAUACUGUGCUAACCGACCUAACGUAACCUGGUGCAAGUUCAAAGGAAUACAAUGCUUAGCUCUUUGGGAUGGACUUCGGCAACACACAAGUUGGGAAGAAAGGAAGAAUAUUUCAACUUUUAUUCUGCAUUUUGAACAAGUGCUUGCUAGUGACAAUGGGUCAUACCGAUGUAUGGCUGAUACGUUUACAUCUGGACUUAUUACAAGCCACUCAGUAACCAUUUCUGUGACGGCACGGACUCAAAAUAAUUCAGAACACCUUCUAAUCACAUUUGCCAACAUUUCAGAUGCAACCAGUGCCUCAGGACCUCCCUCCCAGGAUGAAACAGCAAACAGAAAAUGGCUCCUUUAUAGUUUGCUUCCUUUGGGGGGAUUAUCUCCACUCCUCAUUACCUGUUUCUGCCUGUUCUGCUGCCUGAGAAAGUGCCAAGAGAAACGAAAGAAGACUUCUGAUUCAACAGGAAGGGAAAUUAACCUGGCUGCUGUUUCCCAGCCCUUUGGGAGUGAGCAAGAUGAAGUGAGCACCAGGCAAAAUUCCCAAACACUGCCAACAGAAACUGGUAUUUAUGAUAAUGACUCCUGGUUCAGGGCACAGGAAGGGCCUGAGGUUUAUUCUAACCCAUGCUUAGAGGAAAAUAAACAGAACAUUGUUUAUGCUUCCCUGAACUAUUGUAUCACUGGAGUGAACCCAAGACCAGCAAGAGAUGUGAAAGAAGCCCCUACAGAGUAUGCAGCCAUAUGUGUGAGGAGUUAAAUCUUGUCCUGAUCUCCCCCAAGCCAUCACUGAAUGUCUCCAAGCCAACACCAUCGUCUGGGCCCAACGGAAUGUCAAAUAAGAUUCUUCGCCUUGAGAAUUUUCCCUUCAAGGAGGUUUUUGUUGGUGCUUGGAUUUUAAGAAUCUAUAUGACAAGUGACUAAAAUUUCUCCUGAGAACUUCUUUGGGAGACUUUUAUUAUUGUAGCCUCGAUUAACAAAAUCUGUUCUCCAAAAGUGAUUGAAGAGCAGAAAGUUGGAAGAUUUUAAUCUUAGCUACAUUUUACCCAAUAUGAAAAUUCAAUAUUUUCUUUGGAGCGAUCAGAGAGACAGGUGGGGAAGACAGGGUUUGUGUUAUCCAGAUGAGCUCACUACAAACUCUUGAAAAAGAAUGUCCCCAUCCAACCAACUAAUCUAAAGUACUGUAAUGAUCCUAUAUUUAUUCCAGCCAAUUUUCCAUAAUAGGAAAUUUUCCUAUGUCAAUGUAAGACUGAGGGUUCUUAAGAGUAAAGGAGAAAUAAUCUUAGACUUCAUGAUAUAGGGAAAGAAUAAGUGGUACAAUAGGGAUAUGGAAUACACCAUUUGGGUAUGGGGUAGAGAUGUUCUCCUGAAAACAAACCUGAAAAACAAAUCCUUAUAUCCACCCUGUUAGAUUGCUAAGCAUAUUUAAGUGUUCAUGAAGCAAUUAACGGAUGGUGCAUUUUAUGCGCAAAGUAGCGGCAUCAUCUUUGGGUGGCAGACUAAUAUACAUGAAUGUGACAUAAUGCUGCUGAAUGAAUACACUUGUGGGCACCUGAAACCUUAAAAAUCAGUGAAAACAAGUAUGAUCAGGCAAACACAGAUUGAUGGCUUAAACGGCUUCAUGGGUGACCUGAUAGCAAAUUAAAAUUACCGUUAAUGGAAUGGAGAAAAGUCUAGAAUAUUUAGUUGGCCAGUACGAGUCAACACAUUUUCCUUCACCACGUUUGUUUCUUGCUGUUCUUCUCAUUAAGGAGUCGCGGCAAGUGAUACAUAAUGAAGUUGAAACCACUUAAGGGUAUAUCAGGAGGAGAUGGCUUCAGAUAUUUUGAAUUUCCACUAAGUAUUUGAGUCUAAUUAUUUUAAAAAUAGCCUACAACUUUAUUCAAUAACUUGAGGAUCUGAGAGUUCUCAGGUGCCACUGCUACUAAAUAACACAACAGCCCUCAUAUGAAGUGACUAGCAAAGGUUAGGAUCCAAAAAUAUGAACUGCUGUACCAGUGAUGGUGUGAGUGUGUGUGUGUGUGUGUGUGUGUGUGUAGAAGGAGAGGUAGGCGACUUGCAGAAAUGGUAAAAGAGAAACUGACCAGAGUGACAUUCCAUUUUCAGUUUGCUAAAGAAGCUCCAAAUACCACAGUAAAUAGAUCAUUAAAGAAAACGGUGUAUGAUGUUAUGCUGAUGGGUAUAUGAGUAGAGUACCCACAAAAAUAGGCAAAGCUGAGGUUUGAGGUGAUGGUGAUGGGGCUUUUCUUGGGUAACAUUGGCAUUAAUUUCUGCCUCUUAGAUUUUCAGUGUUUUAGGUAUUGUUUAUGAGUUACUGUUCUGGCCCCUAUAGUAUUAAUACACCUGAAAUUUUAAGAAACAAAUUUUAGGUAGGCUUUUUUAGCCAAGCUUCCUUUAUGGGCAACUUAUGCAAAAGAUGUGUUGGAAGAGCUACUUGCGGUAUUCUUAAAAAUAGAAACAGAAAGUAUGAGGAGGAUAUGCUUUUUCUCUUAUCAGAUAAACACACAGCCAAGCAGUUCCUUCAUAAUUCUCUUCAAUUUAAAAAACAACGUAUUUGUUAUUGCUAUUUAGAAUAUUCAUAGCAGCUCUUACAGUAAAGAUCAUAUCCAUAGUGGUUUCACCUCUGUAAAUGACUAAAUUUCUACUUGUCAAAAUUACAAAUGAUUUAUGUUUUUAUUCCUUCUUAAUAAAAAGUACCGGACAUAUGUAUAUAUUUCUUCUAAUAAGUCUAUUUCAGUAUUAUUUGCAUGGCAUAUUUGAUUAAUUUAUAGGUCCUUUGGGAAAAAGAAUAUGUAGCAAAUUUAAAUGAUUUUCCAUGAAUUUUAAGUUGGUUGAUUGUUCCAGAUAAGAAAGCAAAGCUACUAAAACUCGUUUGGAAUUCAUUUGGCUUUGCUUUUGUACCAAAAAAAUGUAUGAGUAUGAAAUACAAGAGUGAUUCUCAAGCUUUAUGGCAACUCGAGAGACUUGCUACACUGCAGAAUACCAGGUUCUAGCCCCACAGAAUUCUGAUUCAGGAGGUCAAGGAUAUGGCUGUAUAAUUUUUCCCUUUAAAAGGCACCCCAGGUGAUUUUGAUAGAGGUUUCCCAGUGUCCACAGUUUGAAGAACCCUGAAGUAGAGGCUAGAUUUGGCAUGUGUGGUUUAUUUGAAUAGUGCUGUUUGCCAGCCAAAACUAAUCUAGCUCUCAGAGUGGAUUCUUUGGCCUAAUCGUAUAAUUUCAUGGCACUUAUCUGUUAUUGAUGCAUUUCAAUUGUGGUGCUGGUGAAGAAUAUUGAAUAUACUACAGACUGACAGGUGAAUGAACAAAUCAGUCUUAGAAGAAAUACAGCCAGAAUGCUCUUUAGAAGCAAAGAUGGUUGGAUUCCAUCUGGCUUACUUUGGGCAGGUUAUCAGGAGAGGCCAGUCCCUGGUGAAGGACAUCAUGCUUGAUAAAUGGAGAAAAGAUUGAAGUUGCCAAGGAUUUCAUUUUACUUGGAUCCACAAUCAACAUCCAUGGAAGCAGCAAUUAAGAAAUCAAAUGACUCAUUGCAUUGGGAAAAUCUGCUGCAAAAGACCUUUUUAAAGUGUUAAAAAGCAAAGAUGUUACCUUGAAGACUAAGGUGCACCUGACCCAAGCCAUGGUGUUUUCAAUUGCCUUAUAUGCAUGUGAAAGCUGGGUAAUGAAAAAGGAAGAUCAAAGUAGAAUUGAUGCCUUUGGAUUACAGUGUUGGUGAAGGAUAUUGAAUAUACCGUGGGCUGCCAAAAGAAUAUUGAAUAUACCAUGGACUGCCAAAAGAAUGAACAAAUCUGUACUGCCGGUGCUCCUUAGAAGCAAGGAUGUUGAGUCUGCAUCUCACAUACUUUUGACAUGUUAUCAGGAGGGACCAGUCCCUGGAAAAGGACAUUGUGCUUGGUAAAGUAGAGGGUCAGCGAAAAAGAGGAAGACCUUCAAUGACAUGUUUGACACAGUGGCUGCAACAAUGGGCUCAAGCAUAACAAUGAUUGAGAGGAUUGUGCAAGACUGGGGAGUGUUUCAUUUUGUUGUACGGAGGGUUGCUAUGAGUUGGAAUUGACUCAAUGGGUCCUAACAACAACUAGACACCUUCUUAGGUGCUGAGGUUACAAGGUUAGGAAAGAUUCCGUUUCUGCUUUUCACUAUUUGUGGCGUAGAUGAAGAGGUAGAAACUAAACAAUAAUUUACAAUAUAAUGGGUUUCUUCAGUCAUAGAGAUAGGUUCGAAGUGCCGUGGAAACACCACAAAACUAUAAAUUCUUUGAGUGUAAGGAUCGUGUCUUAUACACUUUAGUAGAUUUCCUGAUCCUAAGACGGUGUUUGGGGGGUUUUGUGGGGACCUAAUUAAUCACACUCCAAUUGAAAAAUUAACAGAGGACUCACACUGGAAAAAAAUUAUUGUUAAUAGUAAAGGUGGGUUGGUGAGUAUAGCUUGGACCCAAAGACAAGAUAAGUUUCCUACCCACUCUUCCGCCUCAACCCUGCUUGGCUUGGGUCUACAGAGAGAUAAUCCAAUGAGCCAUGUAGGGGAUCUCAGUUUUACCCAAGUUCCCAUGACUGCAGAUGAAUGAGAACAAGGGAUAUGAAGACUGCUUCCUUGCCUUUUACAGGAGGGCUCUUUCCCUAGGUUAACGUUCAAAGAAUGAGAAACUCUGCCUAUUUCAAGAGCCAGAGGAGUAAAUCUGCUUUUUCUGAGAAGUCAGCAAGAGGGUAAAUCAACAGAAGACACUAUUUCAUACACUGAAGUGAGAACAUGAUUUUUCUUUCUAAUUUGAGAAGAUAGUAAAUACUCACUGAAUGCUGAACUAUUGAACUGAAUGAAUUAAAAAGAAGAAAGAACUACCUUUUUUCAGGGAAAUUAAAAAAAAAUGGCUUUUGAGUUCUUUCUUAGAGCCAGGAAAAAGGGAGGAGGAAAUUCUAGAUGGAAAGGAGAGCCAUUCAAAAGAGCACGCAUGGCACAUUCUGAGAAUGAUCAGAAAUGGCCAGUGUAUAUAGCAUAGGUUACAUAGAAGGUGUGACAGAUAUGAGAACAGUUUUAGCUCUAAUUAUAAUUUACAUAGAUGUACGGAGUUACAAAGUGCUUUCCUGUAUAUUUUUUAAAAAUUAUACAUUAUAUUUUAAGUAUCUAGUGCUGCUAUAACAGAAAUACCACAAGUGGGCAGCUUUAACAAACAGAAAUUUAUUCUCUCACAGUCUAGGAGGCUAGAAGUUCAAAUUCAGGGCACAGGCUCUAGGGGAAGUCUUUCUCUGUUGGCUCUGGGGGAAGGUCCUUAUCUUUUCUGAGCUUUUGCUCCUGGGUGAUGUUUAUGUGGCUUGGUAUCUCUCUUCCCCCAUCUCUACUUUUUCACUUGUUUAAUCUCUUCUAUAACUCAAAAGAGAUUGACUCAAAAUACACCCUAAUCCUGCCUCAUUAAUAUAACAAACUUAACCUAAUCCUCAUUAAGAUAACCUAAUCCUGCCUCAUUAACACAAUCACAGACAGAGGUUAGGAUUUAUGACACAUCGCAAAAUGGAGGAUAAUUAAUCAGAUCACAAAAUGAAGGACAACCACGCAAUGCUGAGAAGCAUGGCCUAGCCGAGUUGACACAUUCUUUUAGACACAAUUCAACCCAUGACACAUUGGAAGAGAUCUAUUGCAACUGUUUUCUCGUUAAGCUUCUUGGUUGUCAAAGAUGUGUGUAAUUAACGUGCUGAUAUAGCCACAAAUUUUAUUUUUAUCUUAAACAAUACCAUUACAAAGUCUUAAAAAAUGUUUAACAAUUGAAAAUAAUUUUAUCUGGUGUUAAAAAGUAAAAGCAGGAUUGGCUAGAAUUUUAACAAAUAUUAUGAGGUGACAAUCAAAUAAUGAGAUGUUAGAAGCUACAAACUGUGACAUUUGGCUUUCACAAACUGCCUUAAGAUUGUUAAAGAUGAUAGUUCUAGUCUAGACAACCAAGUCGCAUCAUUCUUGAAACUUUCGGGAAUUAAUGUUUUCUUUGAAUGCUACUGUAUUGGACCACAUGGGAUCUCAAAGACUAUUUGAGUGAGAUAAAUGUUUAGUGUGUAUCUUUGAAAAAGUUAAGAAAUGCAAAAUAAGUAAUAUUAUAACAAAUUUCUUUCAAGGAAGUAUUCCAAGUAAUAGUGGAGCAAGCCCAUAGAUGGACUAAAGCUGCUGCUGUCAUAGGGUCCCCAUGUAUGUCAGAGUAGAACUGUGCUCUACAGAGUUUUCAGUGGUUAAUGUUUUGAAAGUAGAUUGCCUCUAAUUGGACUUGAACUUUCAGUCUUUUUGGUUAGCAGCUAAACAUGUGAACUGUUUGCACCACCCAGGAUCUCCAUAUACUGUAUUGAAUUGAGAUCUACGCUUUAGAGAUUUCUAUGGUUCAUACCCAUGCAUUAAUCAAUCCAUAAUAUUUUACCUCUUAUGAUUCUUGAUGGCCACAUCUGCACAUAUCAUGGACAAACUGCUGAAAACAAAACAUAAAGAAAAAAUCGUGGCAGCAGUCAGAAAAAAAUGGUACUUUAGAUGAAGGUUUACAGAACAAACUAGCUUCUCACUAAACAGUUGGUACACAUAUUGUUUUACGACACUAGUUAACAGCCCCACAUGUCAACACCCUCCCUUCUCAACCUUGGGUUCCCUAUUACCAGCGCUCCUGUUCCCUCCUGCCUUCUAGUCCUUGCCUCUGG